AUUUUUCUGGGGAAGGCAACCAAAAUCCUUGAGCACUCAAAACUACAUCAUGUGGCAUCGUGGGCUAGCGACGCUCCAAGCAGCGGCGGCACAGCAUCAGCGUCGAGGUGUCGCGGUCGCGCUGACUACACACAAACCAGCCUUCUCCAACAACGGGAAGCGUGUACUGUGUUUGGACGUGGGCAACCCCGUUUGCAUUGACGAAUUUCUCCAACACGGAAUUACGGUGGACGAAGUGUCGUCGCAGGACUUGGUCGAAUCGUUGCCGGCGUUUCAGUCGUCUCUUGCCCAGUACGAUGCGCUUCUCACGGACGCGCAGACGAAGCUUCCAAUGCACGAGAUCUUGUCGCACGCUACGCGGUUGAAAGUAAUCGGGAUUCCCGGGUCGCAGACCGGCCACGUGAACCUUCUCGCCGCGACGAAUCGAGGCGUGAUGGUGCAAAAUAUUGGCACCAAACUGGCAGGCACUGGGGCUGAGGAAGCCGAGAUGGUGCUGAGCUUGCUCAUCCAAGUUGCCCGCAAGAUUCCACAGGCAAUGGCAUCGACAAAGUACGGCGACGGCAGCCACGACGAGUUCCUCGGUCGUGAACUGCAAGGCAAGUCGAUGGGCAUUGUCGGACUCAACGAAACCGGGCAACGCGUGGGGGAACUUGCCUGCUCCAUGGGCAUGCACGUGUACGCGUUCGACCCGAACAUCGCGGCUGAGAAGGCGGCCAGCUUCGGUGUCACAAAGUGCUCGAGCCUUUCAGACCUGUACGGCAAGGCGGACGUGCUGACGUUCCACGUGCCGCUCACAGGGCUCACCCGCAACAUGUUUGACAGUGCGGCGCUUGCGCAAUGCAAGCCUGGUGUGACGUUGGUGUCGGUGGGUGGAAUGGAGGGCGUGAUCGAGGAGUCGAUUUUGCUUCCAGGGCUCACGUCGGGGCACAUUGGUGGGGUCGCCGUCGAUUUGUCGUCGGCAGAUGCUUGGCCGAGCGUCGUGAGCCAUUCGUCCGUGCUGAAGGCUGCGACAGGGUCCACCAAGGCCAACCUCCCUGCGCGGUUGUACAAAAUGAUUGCGGAAAACAUGUGCGCCACCUUGGACGAGCGGGCAUUUGUCGGCAUCGUGAACGGCGUGUACAUGCCGCUGACGUUGCUGCCCGAGAUGAAGCCUUUUCUGGCCCUCAGUGAAUCCCUCGGUCGAUUCCUUGUCGAGAUGUUGCCUCGACAAGUGGCGAUUGCCCACGUCACAAUUACCACCAAAGGUGGUCGCGACAUCGACAUCACGACGCCGAAAGCGCGGUCGGCGCUUCAGAACGCCGUCAUGAAAGGCCUUUUGCACCAGCGUGACGGAGGCGAUGAGUCGCCACCGUUGACCUUGCUCAACGCGAGCGUGGUGGGAAUGAGCCGUGGCAUCGAUGUCCGGCUCAUGGAUGACCUAGACCAAGACAUCCAGCACCUGAACAAUGCCAUCCUGGUGCAAGUAGAGCUUCAGAACGGAACCAAGUCGGUCGUGAUGGGUAGUGUCUUUGGCGAAGAGCCGCGCAUCGUUCAAGUCAACGAGUACAACGACUUCCCGGCCUUCAAACCCCAAGGCACAAUGCUCUUUUUCAACAACGAAGACCGGCCUGGCGCCAUCACGGGCGUGCUUGACCAACUCGCCAGGAGCAAGAUUAAUAUUGCCAGCCUCGGUCUUGGCCGACAGCCUGACAAACUCCAAGCGAUGGGCAUGCUCUCGCUGGACUCGGACCCGACCGACGAAAUUGUGACCAAGCUGCGCGAGCUGCCUGGCAUCACGAAUGUCCACCUUGUUCGUUUAUAGGAGUCGGCACGUGGGAAAACCAGCCGAAACGUGCUAGUGGUCGCGUUGGGAUGCAAUUCUUACAUGGAGGUGCGAUCAUGCAGUCCUUUCGACUAGAUUGGAACGGAUACCGUGACCGAGAGCUGCUGCGGUUGGUCCUACAAGAGGGUGCACGAAAGCCGAAAUAGGAGCGCGUUACAUGACUCUGCCAGACCACGGCAAAGCUCUAAUUGCGAUGAACUAAGUCCCUGUCCAACGGAACAUGGUUGAAAAAACGGUUGAUGAGCGCCAGCGACACCUCUGGCUGAUCCAUCGGGACCAUGUGUCCUGCGUUGUAGACGCGGACAAAGGUCAAGUCGUGGCUCGAUCGAACUUCGCCGGCCUUCUUUCCCUUGACCAUGAAGGGCUUGACGCGAGCCUCGUUGUACGCAGCUUUUCCUGGCCACUCGAGCUUCUUGGUCCACGCUUCGUUCCCCAUCCAAUUGCACAUCAAGUCGGCAUCGCCGGCGUAGAUGAGGACGCGCACCCCACUCGCCAACAAGUUGGGCACAUAUUGGGCAUAGCUCUUCAUAAAGUCGACGGAAAAGUCCUGGUACACGCGCCACGUGGACUCGACCCACAUCUUGUUGACGUGCAACUUCGCCUGGACGACUGGCGAGUUGAGGAAGCGCUCGCCGUACCGCAUGUAGUCGAUGCACCCGUUCGUGCAGUCCUCACGGAUGUCGUAUGGGUUUCGCUUGGAGGUUUCCGUGAGCGGCGCCACGACGAGGUUGUACCAGUUCUCCUGAGCCUGCACACACGUUUGGUUUUCGUUCUUUGUGGUCUGGCACGCUCGGACGAGCUUCCCGACUGCCUCGGCGGCAGCCUUGAGCGCUGGCACUUUGUCCGGGGCCACCAACGUGAUGUUGUACGCGUUGUCGACCAUAUCCGCCGUGUACGGGAUUUGGAUGACGCUGUCGGUGAGGCCAUUGCCAACAGAGAUACCCUUCAAGUUGAUCUUGACUUCCCCUUGCCCAGGCACUUGAUUCACUAUGUAGUACGCCGCCGACGGGACGUAGUGCCCGCCAUAGCUCUCGCCAGUGAUAAAGAACGGAUGGGACUUGAACUGGGGGUGCUUCUUCAGGAAUCCCUGAAGGAAUGCGUAGAUGUUGCGCCCGACAUCAACUUCGUUGUGGUCGUCGUCCUUGUUGUCGCCGUACGAAAAGCCAACGUCCGUUGGUUGAUCCAGCCAAAUCACGUUGGCGUGGUUCGUCCACGAGUGUGGGUUCAAGACUGUGUUCAGGUUGGCGUCAAUUGUGCACGGGCCGUUUUCAGUCAAGAGGGCAAAGAUCGACGACGAGCCAGGGCCGCCCGUGAGCCACAGCACAAGCGGGUCCUUCUCCGGGUUCGACCGAGACUCGAAGAACCAAUAAAAGUAGUUGUCAUUCACCUUGUGUGGGAGCUGAAUGUACCCUGACUCUUGCUUGGUGGUGUCACAGAACACAGUGUUGUUCACGAGCGCCAAUUGCACGCUUGGAACUUGAGCCACGCGCGCAGUCUCGUGCGUCAAGACAGUCGCCACCGUCGCCAACGCGCCUAGCGCGCCGACAGCAUAGAGCAAUGUUUUGGAGCUGGUUUUGGCUUUGCGUGGCUUGGUCACGACGCGGAAGAGCGGGGCCUGUUCAGAGCUCAUGGUGGUUCGCCGUGGAUGGUGGUGGAAUGAGUGAAGCGUGCGCUGACCGAGCGAGGUAGGGGUGAUCGGCA